GCUCCCCUACCUAGGCCUAACUUUGCUCCAGGUCAAGUUCGUGCUCCCCUUCCUAACCCUAACUUUGCUCCAGCUCCCCUACCUAACCCCAACUUUGCUCCACCCAGAAACUUUGGACAAGGACCCCAGCAAGGAUUUGGCCAACCGCCUCCCCGCAACUUCAAUUUAGUCGGGGCUUUAUAAAAAUAACUUAAUUUAUUUAAUUAUUGUAAAAUCUUGUUUAAAGGAUAAACUCAUUGUGAAAUUCAAAUAAAAUCAGUUUAGACAAAAGAAAUACAUUGCUUUAUUCUGUUUCUACCUGUUACUGUCUGUUUUAGUCUGUUUCUGUCUGUUUCUACCGGUUUCUG